UGUCUGACUGUAAAAAACGAGUGUAGAAGCUUUUAGUUGUUGCGUUCCGCUCUCCGGGCGCGGCUCUGACCGACUAAGCGAGGAGUGAUUUUGGCUACCUCAGCCGCCGCCAUGGCAUGGUAGGGGCGGUAGUGCAAGCGGCACCGGCCAUUGCAGAGGCGCAGCAACAGCGGCCGCGGCCUCGGCACCUCCAGGCGUCUGCAACCAUGGCGUUUUUCAAGGCACCACACAGCAGCUUUGCUGUAAUCGACAAAGACACCAUCUAUUUGUCUACAGUUUUUGACGACAAAGUACUAAAACUUGGCCAAAAUGAGCUUCUCAAACACAGAGAUGUUGUUGGGGGAUUUUCUUUCCCCCUUCAACCAGCCGUGUUUGGUGGCUGAGGAAGGUUUGGGACUCUUAGAUGACUACCUGGAGGUGGCCAAGAACCUCAGUUCGAAUGGGUUCUCCAGCGACAAGGCUAAAGUGGGCUCCUCCGAUUGGCUGGCUGUGGAUAGUUUGAAUAAUGCCACAGACAACAGCCAGGAGGAUGCCUUCUCUGGCAUGGAUUGGAUGGUGGAGAAGAUGGAUCUGAAGGAGUUUGAUUUCGAUGCGCUGUUGUGUAUCGAUGACCUGGAAGCCACCGUCUCCCCAGAUGAGCUCAUGGCCACAUUGGAAGACACAAGUGAUCUGUUUGACCCUCCCAUACAAGAAAUUCCCAACAAAGAAACUCCACUGAUAAUAGAACCAACUAUCCAUUCCCCUAAAUCUCCCCCUGGGGCAGACCAGGCAGCCCCACUGACCCCUUCGUUACCGCUUCCCCUCUCCCCAGAGUCACUGACUUCCACUGCAGACCAUUCUUUAAGCUUAGACCUAGGCAGUGAAGUAGAUGUUCUUGAAGGAGACAGGAAAACUGAAACCCAUAUCUUACUGGUGGUGAUUCCUAAGUGUGAGCCGGAGGAUGAAGCGCACUCUGACAAUGAUAGUGGAAUAUGCAUGAGCCCAGAAUCAUACCUGGGGUCACCCAAGCAAAGUCCUGUUUCUGUUAGUUCCCUCAGUGAUGGCCAGUCAGUUACACCCCUGCAUGAUAGUUCUGUACGGCCCAAACCUUAUGAUCGCCCUGCAGAGAAGGUAGUGACAUUAAAGGUGAAGGGAGAGAAGAGAAUAGACAAGAAACUGAAAAAGAUGGAGCAAAAUAAAACAGCAGCUACACGGUAUCGGCAGAAGAAAAGGGCAGAGCAAGAGGCCUUAUCAGGAGAGUGCAGAGAACUUGAGCAGAAGAACGAGGCCCUGAUGGAAAAAGCAGAUUCCCUGAGCAAAGAAAUCCAGUAUUUGAAAGAUCUGAUCGAAGAGGUCCGCAAGGCCAAGGGUAAAAAGGUUAAAGUCCCAGAAUAGGGUAGUCAAGAGUAGAUGUCACAAGCAUGUAUAUAAGAGCUUAGUGCGAGCAGCUGUGUAUUACUGCUUAAUAAAUUAUUUUCUAGUA